AUGGCCCUAGGUCUCUUGUGGCUGGGCCUUGCCCUGCUGGGGGCCCUGCAGACCCAAGCUCAGGACUCCACCCCAAACCCUAUCCCAGCCCCACCUCUACUCAGGGUCCCUCUGCAAUCUGACUUCCAGAAUGAGAAGUUCCAGGGGAAAUGGUACGUCUUAGGAUUGGCAGGGAACGGAUUUAAUAAAGAAAAACACAGCCAGUUGAAGAUGUAUACUGCCACCUACGUGCUGAACGAAGACAACAGCUACAAUGUCACCUCUACCGUGGUCUGGGACCAGAGCUGUGACCACUGGACCAAAAUUUUCAUCCCAAAUUUGCAUCUAGGCCAAUUCAACCUGAGCAAUAUUGAGCGUUAUACUGGAACGCAGAACUACACUACCCGAGUGGUGACCACAAACUACAACCAGUUUGCCAUACUGUACUUCAAGAAAGUUUUCAACAACCAGGAGUACAUCAAGGUUACACUCUAUGGGAGGAACAAGGACCUGCCUUCUGUGCUGAAGGAAAUCUUCAUCAGUUUUGCCAAAUCCCUGGGACUCACCGAAGACCACAUCAUCUUCCCUAUCCCCAUCGAUGACUGCGUGGAUAAAUGA